AUGGUGUGGCCGUGGCGCGUUCAUUGGGCUAAUUCAAAGUCCUCAAAUCUACACGUGUUCCCGGGGUUUUUGGGAUCUGCCCGCUGCGAUAUUCUCCUGCCAUCCGGCUUUGCGGGGCGUGAGUAUAAACAAGUAACCACGGUUCAAAGAAAUACACAAAGCAACCAGCACGGCAGUGUAAAAACAUUUGAAUCGGUAUUGACAAAGGCUUCUGGUGCUCGCCCUUCCCCAGAGAGGUACACAGCCGCGAGCUCGACAUUCAGGGCCAGUCGGGGCGACCGCCUCGAGAUCCAGCUGGAGAAAGACCCUCAAGCGGCGGAUGUGGUAUUCUUCAGGAGAUUUCCAGACGACUGGAGGUAUGUGAGUAACAACGCUGCGACGACCAGACUUCCCCUGACAGUGGAUCCCGUCUCACCCGCUCACAAUGGAGUUUACCUUCUUGGGAACUCCGGAACAGGUCGAUGGGGCAAGAAUACUGAAAGCGAAAUUGGAUCGAACGGAGCCUACUUUCAUCUAGCUGUGCGGGACUGUGAGGCUGAUAGAUAUGGAUGGAACUGCGAAUCAUGGUGUCCCGACUGUGAGAACGGGGGCAUCUGCCAUCCACUGACUGGCACAUGCAUUUGUCCUCCAGGGUACAGCGGUUCAACGUGUCAAACUGCUUGUAGCAAGGGCAAGUUCGGCUCACGUUGCCAGUUGGAGUGUACGAAGGCAAGUCUAGGGUUCGAUUUACCUCGAGAAGGAAGCUGCCACCACUUGACGAUCUGCCUUCCUGAUCCUUAUGGGUGCUCCUGCGCUGCUGGUCACACAGGCCCGUUGUGCGAACAGCGAUGCAGGAGGGGGAGCUAUGGCGCAGGGUGCACUCUGAGCUGUGAAAGCUUCUGUGAAAACGGUAACUGUGAUCCUGCGACUGGAAAGUGUAAUAGCGGCUGCAAGAGGCACGUCCCAUGCAAUGACGAUGGCAGCGUUUUGGACCUGCCUCGACUCUCGCGACCGCCAGGCAUCACGGGCGUGACCAGCACUUCUGCCCAGGUAGUCUUCUCUCCGUGGCACAGAGAUACGGACGACGGGUCUUCUGCCUUCCCCAUUACAGGCUAUCGCGUCCGUUACAGGACAGACCAGGACGCAGACUGGCAGGAGGCUGACAGUUCAGACUCUCAUGGUGGUGGUAAGUGGGAGAAGGAAAGUAUGGGGGUGACAGACCAGGGAGGAGCUAGAGUAACAAUGAUAAGAUAAAAAGGAGUUGGAAGG